CAAGGCUGCUUGAACAACGACCUCUCACUACUCAAACUCCUUGAUGUUAAGCGGUUAGACAACAUUUUCCAGGUUUUUAUUUAGGUACUUGGGUUGAUAAAAUGAAGGGGUUUCCCAUUGACUCCUUCCUUUUGUCGUGCGCACGGUUCUGUAUCCUCUGUUGUGUUUUGGAGACCGUUAUUUCUCAGGAUGCUCAAGCAGGUGGACUGAGGCCGAGAAUGAGAUGGCAGCACAACGGGCAAGUCUUCAGUUUACUCAGCCGUGGCGCACAGUACCAGCCUUCCGCUCGUAGGGACAAACAGGCAGGUUCAUCUCAACCGAAUCACGUUGUUGUACUCAGAAACAAUAACGAGACGUUAGAAGAGACAGGAACGCCCGGGCACCUCGGGGCACGAGGCUCUCCAAGGCGGCUCGGUCUCGGUGCGCAGUUACGCGCCGCAGCGCGCCGGCAUGGAAGUGGUGCUCAAGGGCUCUCGAGACCCCAAGAGACCCAUGCUGAGAAUCCAAAUCCCGAUCACAACAAAGAUAACGAAAAUCCCACAUCUACGGGUUCUCCAACGGUUAAUCGAGAGGAUAUGAUGGUCGGGGAUGAUCCGUACAACCCUUAUAAGUCGUCUAACUACAACCCCUACUAUAACUACUAUAACUCCUACUUCAGACCCCGACCCAGAGCCUCCCCCCGGCACGGCUAUGGAACCAGCAACUUCCAACAGGGUGGUCUCCCUGACCUGGUCAUAGACCCUUAUUACAUCCAGGUGUUGUCGUACGUCCAGAGAGUUCCCAUGUACAGCCUCCGCUGUGCAGCUGAGGAGAACUGCCUUGCCAGCUCUGCGAGACAUGUUGCAGACUACGACACACGGGUUCUCCUGCGGUUCCCCCAGCGCGUGAAGAACCAGGGAACGGCUGACUUCUUGCCCAGCAAGCCUCGCUAUGCCUGGGAGUGGCACAGCUGUCACCACCACUUCCACAGCAUGGAUGAGUUCAGCCUGUACGAGCUGUUGGAGGAGGGCUCGCAAAGCCGCGUCGCCGAGGGACACAAGGCCAGCUUCUGUUUGGAGGACACGUCAUGUGACCCUGGAUACCACCGUCGAUUCGCCUGCACCUCACACACACAGGGUCUGAGCCCAGGCUGCUAUGACACGUACAACGCGGACCUGGACUGCCAGUGGCUCGACAUCACAGACGUGAAUCCUGGGAAGUACGUUCUGAAGGUGACGGUGAACCCAGGUUUCCAGGUUCCAGAAUCGAACUUCCACAACAAUGUUGUGCGUUGUGACGUCCAGUACAGCGGCACCUCUGUCGAGGUCUCCGGCUGCUCUGUGACAGCAUCCUGAGUUUCAACAGCCUGGCAACAAAACACCGUUCUGAGGAGGCAGGAAUGUUCCACAGGAGACCAAAGAAACACCAUGACAUUGUCUUUUGUUUGUUGAGGCCUACAACACAAUCUGUUUUGACCAUUUUACUCUGUACAGUUCUUGAGUUCAGAACUUGAUAGUGAAGACUGUUAUCUAGUUACGGUAUUCACAUAUAGCUAGCCAUUGAUUAUAUGUCUGUGAUGGUAAAUAUUUAGUUUAGAUGUUCAAUCAAAUAUAUAAGAAGGUACAACGACAAUGACAUUUUAUGUUGAAAGACAGAUCCUGGUGCUAUCCGUUUUCUAUGUUUUCAAUAUUGGUGCUACUUUUUAAAGACUAGGGGUUUUAAAUGUGACAUUUUUAACAAAUUAUUCAAUUAGGAUGUGUAUAUUCUUAAAACAGAGUGUUCUGAGAAUGUGUGAUGCCUACUGAAGUUACAUGUUUCCUAAGCUUGCAGAGCUUGUAACUCAUGUGGAUGUCAUUAUAAUGCAUAAUAUUCAUUACUUCAAUAAAGGUUGUA